GGUAUCAAUCCCGGAAGUGCUGCUUUACUAGCAAGCAGUGCGCGAAUGCAGUUUGAGUCUGUGAUAGUACAGAGCGUUUCGUGCACACAUCUGUUUUCAUUGAAUUGCUUUGACGUUUCAGUUUGAUCGCAAGGUUACAUAAAACCCACAGCAAGGCGUCAUGGCAGCAUUAAAAUACGCAGGUUUGGAUGAUACUGACAGUGAGGACGAGUUGCCAUCUGGCUGGGAAGAAAGAACCACAAAGGAUGGAUGGGUUUACUAUGCAAACCAUGAGGAGCUGAAGACCCAAUGGGAGCAUCCUAAAACUGGAAAAAGGAGACGGAUGGCAGGAGAUUUACCAUAUGGAUGGGAACAGGAAACUGAUGACAACGGCCAAGUGUUCUUUGUUGAUCACAUAAACAAGAGAACCACCUACCUGGACCCGAGACUGGCCUUCACUGUGGAGGACUCUCCGGAGAAGCCCAGCAGCAGACAGCGGUAUGAUGGGAACAGCUCUGCCAUGGAGAUCCUGCAGGGCCGGGACCUCACUGGAAAAGUCAUCAUUGUCACUGGAGCCAACUCCGGAAUUGGUUUUGAGGCAGCGAAGUCCUUUGCCCUACAUGGAGCCCACAUUAUCCUGGCCUGUAGGAACAGAACUCGAGCAAGUGAAGCGACCAGCCUGAUCCUGGAGGAGUGGCACAAAGCCAAGGUGGAAGCCAUGACCCUUGACCUAGCUUCUCUACACAGCGUGCAGGAGUUUGCAGAGGCAUUCAAGUCCAAAAACCUGCCUCUCCACAUGCUCAUCUGUAACGCGGCUCUGCUGGCUCAGCCUUGGCACCUGACAGAAGACGGCCUGGAGUCCACCUUCCAGGUUUGCCACCUGGGCCAUUUCUACCUGGUCCAGCUGCUGCAGGAAGUGCUGCGCCGCUCUGCUCCUGCCAGGGUUAUUGUCGUGUCCUCGGAGUCGCACAGGUUUACCAAUAUUGUGGACUCCAGUGGUAAAGUGGACCUCAACCUUCUCUCUCCUCCAGAGAAGGAGUACUGGUCCAUGCUGGCUUACAAUCGCGCCAAACUGUGUAACAUCCUGUUCUCUAAUGAGCUGAACCGUCGUCUGUCCCCUCAUGGUGUCACCUCCAAUGCACUGCACCCUGGGAAUGUCAUGUACACCUCCAUUCAUCGCAGCUGGUGGCUCCUGAGCAUUGUGUUCUACUUAUCCCGGCCAUUCACCAAGUCCAUGCAACAGGGGGCGGCCACUACUGUCUACUGCGCCAUUGCCCCUGAACUGGAAGGACUGGGAGGGAUGUAUUUCAACAACUGCCACCGCUGCCUGCCCUCGCAGGAAGCCCAGAACGAAGGAACUGCCGCGUCCCUGUGGGAGCUGAGUGAGAGGCUGAUCCAUGAGCGCACUGGCAGGCAGUCCCUUUAACCCGAGGGGUGAGGAAACAUGCUGUACAGCAAGAAAAAUACUCCAGAAAAUAUAAAUACAAAUAAAAAAUAAAAAUAAAAAAAAGAACCUAGCCCAGGACUGUGCCGUGCUCUAGCUGCACAAGAAAACUCCCAACCCUGGAUCUGUUCCAGCCACAUCAUCUAGAGGAUUUCCAUAUACCUCAGAUACAGAUUAAAUAGUGUUAAGUGAAACAAUUGCAGUCACAACACAGUGAAAAUGUUAAGUGCUGAUGGGAAAUAGGGAAUACAGCAGGUUAAAAGGGACAGUAUCUAUCUCCCUCUCUCUCUCUGGCUGCGCAUCCAGAGCCUGCAGACUGGUAGUUUGGGCCUGGAAAGCUACAUGUUUUCUCAUUACUGUUAAACAAUGUCCUAGUUUGGAGGGGAGCAGGUGAUAUGAUUUAAAUAUAUCCUUAUACUGCAAACCUGUAAAGCAGCAGCAGAGUUCCUAAAUGCAGCUCUACAUAUUUUGAUUAAUGCCAAAUGACUGUAAGCAUUUAACCCUUAUGGAGCAAAC